UCAGCGCUCAGUCUGUGUGUGCGUGUGGUUGAGCGCGCGACGGAGGAACCUGCUGUAAGCUAGCUCCUGCCAUAUUUCACAACUAGCGACAUUUUUUUUUUUUACAUUUUGUUUUUUAUUUUUUUUUAUCAACCACUGCUUUUUCACAACAUUCAUACACGGGACUCAGCGGAAGACAUUGGAUUUAAUCUUAAGAAAGGUUAUAUAUCGAACUGAGGACAUCCGCCGCCUCCGGAGUCCAAAAGGGGGGGAAGACGACGUUGGAUAUUUUCCCCACUUUUCGAUGGCGACUUUUACAAGUGAAGGAUACUACUGCGGCUUUUGUGUGGAUAUUACGAUUUAACCCGUGCGAGAGGGAGAACGCGGGGAAUAUCCGUGGAGACAAAGGUGUGUAAGGAGGAGAAGCUUCGAUGUCCGUGGAUUGAGCGCCUCGUCGCAUCCGCUAACGGUGCUUUGUCCUCCGCCAUCCUGUGCGACCUGGGGAAGGGGGUGGUGGCGGCGGUGGUGAUUUACUACACCUGGAUUACUUUAAGGAAAAAAUAAGACUUUUCCCCAGCGUGAAGGACCCGAUAUGUAUCCACAAGGCCGUCAUCCGGCACCUCACCAGCCAGGGCAGCCGGGCUUCAAAUUCACAGUGGCAGAGUCAUGUGACAGAAUCAAAGACGAAUUUCAGUUCCUGCAAGCUCAGUAUCACAGUCUUAAAGUGGAGUACGACAAAUUGGCCAAUGAAAAGACAGAGAUGCAGCGCCACUACGUCAUGUACUAUGAGAUGUCCUACGGGCUCAACAUUGAAAUGCACAAACAGACUGAAAUUGCCAAACGCCUCAACGCAAUCCUCGCUCAGAUCAUGCCAUUCUUGUCACAAGAGCAUCAACAGCAGGUGGCUCAGGCUGUUGAGCGGGCCAAACAGGUGACAAUGACUGAGCUGAAUGCGAUCAUCGGGGUACGUGGACUUCCCAAUCUGCCUCUCACUCAGCAGCAAUUGCAGGCGCAGCACCUCUCCCACGCAGCCCAUGGACCCCCUGUGCAGCUACCCCCGCACCCCUCGGGUUUGCAGCCACCUGGCCUGCCUACUGUGACUGGUGCUGGCUCUGGCCUGCUGGCGCUUGGUGCUCUCGGCAGCCAGGCUCACCUGCCUGUAAAGGAUGAGAAGAACCAUCACGACCUGGAGCACAGAGGCCCCUCAUCUUUUCACUCACCUUUGGCUAUUGCUCUGAAAGAACGUGAGUCCAGCACGAAUAAUUCUGUGUCACCGUCGGACAGCUUGCGGGCAGCAAGUGAGAAGCACCGUGGCUCGUCAGAUUAUGGACUUGAUCCCAAGAAACGCAAGGUGGAUGACAAGGACAGCAUGAGCAGAUAUGACAGUGACGGUGACAAAAGCGAUGACUUAGUGGUGGAUGUUUCCAAUGAGGAUCCAGCCACCCCUCGGGCGAGCCCCGCUCACUCUCCCCCAGAAAACGGACUGGACAAAUCACGGCUCCUCAAAAAGGACGCAGCACCCAACAGCCCUGCCUCUGUCGCAUCCUCGGGCAGCACACCAUCCUCCAAAGCAAAGGACCACGCCCAUAUGGCUAAUGACAAGUCAUCAACACCGAGCCUGAAAUCCAACACACCUACGCCCAGGAAUGAGGCGCCCACACCAGGAACGAGCACCACUCCUGGACUGAGGCCUCUGACAAUGGGCAAACCUCCUGGAAUGGAAGCAUUAGCUGCCCCUGCCCUUCGCACACCGCUGUCUAUUGCAGGUUCCUACGCCACCCCAUUUGCGAUGAUGGGUCAUCAUGAAAUGAAUGGAUCCCUGACCAAUGCGGGUGUCUACCCUGGCCUUAUUUCACCUCAGAUGAGCGUGGCUGCUGCAGCUGCUGCUUAUGGACGCUCACCAAUUGCGGGGUUUGACCCUCAUCCCCACAUGAGAGCUCCAGGCCUCCCAACUAGCCUCACUUCCAUGUCAGGAGGAAAGCCGGCUUAUUCUUUUCAUGUGAGUGCAGACGGUCAGAUGCAGCCUGUGCCCUUCCCUCCAGAUGCACUUAUAGGCCCAGGCAUCCCACGCCACGCUCGUCAGAUCAACACGCUGAGUCACGGGGAAGUUGUGUGCGCUGUCACCAUCAGCAACCCCACACGUCACGUCUACACGGGCGGCAAGGGCUGUGUGAAGAUCUGGGACAUCAGCCAACCGGGCAGCAAGAGCCCUGUGUCCCAACUCGACUGUCUGAACCGGGACAAUUACAUCCGCUCUUGCAAGCUGUUGCCUGACGGCCGCACCCUGAUCGUGGGUGGCGAGGCCAGCACGCUGACCAUCUGGGACUUGGCAUCACAGACGCCACGCAUUAAGGCGGAGCUUACCUCCUCUGCCCCAGCCUGCUACGCACUGGCGAUAAGUCCCGAUGCCAAGGUCUGCUUCUCCUGCUGCUCCGAUGGAAACAUAGCUGUGUGGGACCUCCAUAAUCAGACCCUUGUUAGGCAGUUCCAGGGCCACACAGAUGGAGCCAGCUGUAUUGACAUUUCCCAUGAUGGGACCAAGCUCUGGACUGGAGGCUUGGACAACACAGUCCGCUCCUGGGAUUUGAGAGAAGGACGGCAGCUCCAGCAACACGACUUUACCUCACAGAUCUUCUCUCUAGGCUACUGUCCCACUGGAGAAUGGCUGGCUGUGGGCAUGGAGAGCAGCAAUGUGGAAGUGUUGCACCACACCAAGCCUGACAAGUACCAGUUACAUCUGCACGAAAGCUGUGUCCUCUCGCUCAAGUUUGCCUACUGUGGAAAAUGGUUUGUGAGCACAGGGAAGGACAACCUGCUGAACGCAUGGAGGACUCCCUAUGGAGCCAGCAUAUUCCAGUCCAAGGAGUCGUCCUCUGUCCUGAGCUGUGACAUCUCAGCGGAUGACAAAUACAUCGUGACAGGUUCUGGUGACAAGAAGGCCACAGUGUACGAGGUCAUCUACUAGACCGUCCUCGUGGCCCCUCGCCCCGCCGUCCACCUGCAAGGUGGAAGACAUCAGGAAGUGACGAUACGCCCUCGGAUAUGUCCACUGCAGGGGAGAUGUUUUUUUUACAACGUGGGUUCACGUUUUUUGGCAUUUUUCCAAAUGUUUUCUUUGUAUUUUUGCCCAGUGAAGCAGCGCUUCACCACUGAGGACCGCCGUCCACAGACGUCUUGUGAAAAGUGUACAUAUCGGAUUAAAUAGACAUUUUCUAUAAAUAUUAUAAAUAUAUAUAUUUUCAUGUCCUGAGUGUACUUGUGGUAGGUUUGCUUUGGCUCCCGCUCUGUGAGAACAUAUCUGGGUGGGGUAGCAAAUCAUAGAUGACAACUUUUGAACUGAUUUUUCCUUGAAGCACAUUGUGUGGGCUGAUUGUCUCAACACACUGCAAAGUGGGGGACAUUGCGGAACAUUUAAAUGGCCUUUCAUCUCGGUGAUAAUGUGGGCUUUUGAUUCAGCCAGGCCAACCACUCAUUUGUGCCACUGUGGGGACCCAGCAAGACACUGAUACAAUUUGUUGUAAAUGUCAUUCAUAUGUGUAUAUAAGAUUUUUUUUUAUUGUGUAAUGCUCUGUCUGUGCUAGCUGUCUCCUUUUUUUUUUCUUUUCUUUGGAAGACUUGUUUUUUGGGAGACGUUUAAUGUUUAGCCCAACCCUUUGGACCUCAGUUGGCAGCAGAAGCACUGCAGCAGGCAUGAACUUAAUGACAAUGUGCUUUUACGUAAUGGGGGACACCGAAAUGCACCAUUGAUUUCUUAACUACGGGCAAACGUCAGUCCAUUCUAAACCAAUGGAAACAUUCUGCCCUUUCGUGUCUUAUCGAUAUUCCUGGAAUGUGUUGGGCCGCUCGUGGCUGGCAGGCCGGUGUGACGUGGAAUGACGCCUGCCUCUCCUCAGAAACCUGUGGGAGAAAUGCAGACAAAUACACAAGAGACUGAAUCUAGUGUUGCUCAUGUUGAAGACUGGAGUGAGUCAUUCUGUUUUGUUUUUCUACAUGACAAAAUUAGCCUUUUUCCACAGAAAACAAAAAGGGGUUUGUGUCCCACUGUGUUACACCAAAGUAUGUAGCAAAAGCUGUCAGCACUGGGAAGAAUUGUAAAAUUGUUAAUAAAUCAAGA